AUGUCCGGGAGAAGAAGAUGCAAUAUUUUUGAGUGGGUUGAUCCACCCAUUUGUGAUCGUGCAAGGCUAAUUAUUCUUGGCUUGUUGAGGAGACUAAAUAAGCUUGAAUCCGACAUCAAUUACAAGAAAAUGACCUUUAAAAUCUUAUGCACAAAGGAAAAGGUAAAAUCCGCUCUAAGUGCGAAACGGGAAACAUCCCAAAGAAUAAGGAAACACAUGCUCCGUGAAUUCAUUCGAGGCUUAGUUACGUGA